AUGGAGACAAUCCUUCCGCUAGCAUUGGACAUAGUGUUCUACUGGUACAACUUCAUGCCACUCACGCGGGGUGGUGCGGCCGUGGGCUUUAUCGCAUUACACGCGAUCGUAUUGGCUGUUGGUUUAGAAAUCACCGCCUCUCCACCAUUCCAAACGCAGCUUGACUGGGAAGCGAUCCUCUGCCCCAACCCGGCCACGUACCAAGAGCGUCUGUUGCCAUGGUUACGCCGUGUGGUGAAGCCAGUGUGCAGGGCCACCAGCGCGGUAGGUAUGGGCCAUGCACAUACACCUAAGCACACACCGUGUGAUGGGCAUGCCACACAUGAAACGCCUGGGUGGGUGGCGUGUACUGGCGACACUAAGCGUGCGGGCGUCGGAGGAGCGCGAGAGUCAAGGAUUGGCAGCACCACCCCACACAGUGAGGGUACCGCUGUAUAUGAUACACACAGUGACCGUACCGUUGUAUGUGAUACUAACAGUGCACAGAUAGGAGAGGUAGGCGAAGUGACCUACAACCGCAGCUCAACGAGAGAGGCAGAGGGGCGUGGACAAGACAUGCACAAGAACAACCCACCGAUAUGUGUUGGUGAUGGUAUUCAUACAUGUAGCUUACAGCAUGCAACUGAGCCCACACGCGCGAGGGUGCGUGGGGGUGCAAGGAGGUGUACUCCAAUGGGGGGUAGACUAGACACGGCCGUAUGUGCCGGAAGCACAGGCCCAGCUGCUGGUUGUACCUACGCCGAGGGAUGUGAAGCUGAGUGUGUCUUUGCGACGGGACAAUCAUGCGGAUGUGGGUUCAGCGUGUCUGAGUGUACCUGUGCAAGCGUACGGAUACCUGAAUGUGGCAGUAGUCCGAGAUGUACUCAUGGGGAUGUGGGUAUUGGAUCAGAUAAGGAGGGGCGUGGGGUGGUGUGUAUGUGCCGAUGUGCACCUGAAGACGUACCGAUGUGCGAGUGUGUGGUGUGUGCUGUUGCGGUGAGCGAUCGCCUACCGACCCCGCGAGCGAUGGUGUUGGCUCUGAAUGCUGACUUAGAACGUUACAUAGACAUCAAGGUGAACUAGCACUAGAUAUAUAUACAUGUAUUUAUUGGAUGCCCCCCGAUGGCUUGGAAAUAAAAGCUCAGGUGCAUGUAGGCGAAUAGGACUGUCUGAAUAUGCACCAAAAUUAAAGACAGGCGUGACUUGGAACGCUACAUAGACAUCUAGGUGAACUAGCACUACGAUAGGAAAUAAAGCCUUGGCUAGAAAUGCA